GCUCCUCGCCCCGCCCAGGGUCUGCGGGGAAAGGAAACCGAAAGUGCGCGGUGCCGGGCGGGGCCGCCGACCUGCCCGAGCCCGAGCCGAGUACUAGCCGGGGCGGUGGCUCUGAGAGGACACGCCGGAACCGAUGCUGUGUCUCAAGGGCACUGACAGUUCUCAGCCUGUAUGGUUCAGAUAACUGAAAUUAACGUGAAUGAGGAAGAACUGGAGGGAUUCAGACAUGGAGGAGAGACGACCUCAGCUGGAGGCCAGGCCCAGGAAUCUCUAUACCAACCUCAGAGGGCCUAUGGAUGGAGAAUUACCACCAAGAGCUAGAAAUCAGGCCAAUAACCCACCAGCCAACACACUCAGAGGAGGAGCCAACCAUCCCAACAGGCAUCCUAGGGCCAACAGUCAUCCUGUUCCUUACCGGCAAAGGGAAGAAAGAUUUAGAGCCAUGGGCAGGAACCCACAUCAGGGAAGACGGAACCAGGAGGAACAUACCAGUGAUGAAGCUAGAGGCCAAAGACAUGGUCAGGAGAAUGACACCAGACAGAGAAAUGACAACCAGGAGGGUAGGAACCGCAGGAUACCAUGGCCCAAUGAAAACUUCCAGCAGUGGCGGAGCCCCCAUCAGAAGCCUGCAGAACAGCCACAGCAGGCAAAGAAACUGGGUUAUAAAUUCCUAGAAAGUCUUUUGCAGAAAGAUCCCUCUGAAGUGGUUAUCACACUUGCCACGAGUUUGGGCCUGAAGGAACUCCUAUCUCAUUCUUCCCUGAAAUCCAGCUUUGUUGAACUCAUCUGCCAGGUUCUUCGGAAGGCUUGCAGCUCCAAAAUGGACCGUCAGAGCAUUCUCCAUGUGCUGGGCAUAUUGAAGAGCUCCAGAUUCCUCAAAACCUGCCUACCUACGUAUGUCGUAGGGAUGACUACUGAGCCCAUCCCUGACAUUCGAAACCAGUAUCCAGAGCACAUAAGCAAUAUCAUCUCUCUCCUCCAGGACCUUGUAAGCAUCUUCCCCGCCAGCUCUGUGCAGGAAACAUCCAUGCUCAUUUCUCUCCUGCAGACAUCUCUUAAUGCUUUGAGAGCCUCUGGUGUUGACAUAGAAGAGGAGACAGAGAAGAACCUGGAAAAGAUGCAGACCAUCAUUGAGCAUCUUCAGGAAAAGAGGCGAGAGGGCACUUUAAGAGUGGAUACCUACACUCUAGUGCAGCCUGAGGCUGAAGGCCAGGUUGAGAGUUACAGGACCAUGCCCAUCUAUCCUACCUACAAUGAAGUGCACUUGGAUGAGAGGCCCUUCCUUCGCCCCAACAUCAUUUCUGGAAAAUAUGACAGCACUGCUAUAUAUCUAGAUACCCACUUCCGACUCCUGCGAGAAGAUUUUGUCAGACCUCUGCGGGAAGGCAUCUUAGAACUUCUCCAAAGCUUUGAGGACCAGGGCCUGAGGAAGAGGAAGUUUGAUGACAUCCGAAUCUACUUUGAUACUAGGAUUAUCACCCCCAUGUGUGCAGCAUCAGGCAUUGUCUAUAAAGUACAGUUUGACACCAAACCGCUGAAGUUUGUUCGCUGGCAGAAUUCCAAACGAUUGCUGUAUGGGUCCUUGGUGUGCAUGUCCAAAGACAACUUUGAGACGUUUCUUUUUGCCACUGUUUCUAACCGGGAACAAGAAGAUCUCUGCCGAGGAAUUGUCCAGCUGUGCUUCAAUGAGCAGAGCCAACAGCUGCUAGCAGAGGUCCAGCCUUGCGACUCUUUCCUCAUGGUGGAGACCACGGCAUAUUUUGAGGCCUACAGGCAUGUCCUGGAAGGACUGCAGGAGGUCCAAGAGGAAGAUGUCCCCUUCCAGAGGAAUAUCGUGGAGUGUGACUCUCAUGUCAGUGAGCCACGGUACUUGCUAAUGGGUGGCAGAUACGAUUUCACCCCAUUAAUAGAGAGUCCUUCAGCCACCACGGAAUCGCUGAGGAAUGCCGAGGGCUUGAGACGUCCUAGAGUUAAUGUCUUAGACAUUAGCCAGUGGCCCUCAAAAGACGCCCUGAAGCUGGAUGACUCCCAGAUGGAAGCCUUACAGUUUGCUCUCACAAGGGAACUGGCUAUUAUCCAAGGACCUCCAGGAACAGGCAAAACCUACGUGGGUCUAAAAAUUAUCCAGGCCCUUCUGACCAAUGAGUCUGUAUGGCAAAUUAGCACCCAGAAGUUCCCCAUCUUGGUUGUGUGUUACACUAAUCAUGCUUUGGACCAGUUUCUAGAAGGCAUUUACAGGUGUCAGAAGACCGGCAUCGUGCGGGUGGGUGGAAGGAGCAACAGUGAAAUCCUAAAGCAGUUCACCCUCAGGGAGCUGAGGAACAAGCGGGAAUUCCGCCGCAGCCUCCCCAUGCACCUCCGAAGGGCCUACAUGAGCAUUGUGACAGAAAUGAAGGAGUCAGAGCAAGAGCUUCAUGAAGGGGCCCAGACCCUGGAAUGUACAAUGCGUGGUGUCCUCCGGGAACAGUUUCUGGAAAAGUACAUCUCCCCCAGGCACUGGGAAAGCCUAAUGAAUGGACCAAUGCAGGAUAGUGAAUGGGUCUACUUCCAGCCCUGGAAGCACUCCAUGAUGCUUGAGUGGCUGGGUCUGGGUGUCGGUUCUUUCACUCAAAAUGUUGCUCCAGCAGGACCUGAGAACACAGCCCAUGCAGAAGGGGAAGAAGAAGAAGAAGGGGAGGAAGAGGGUUCGCUGAUUGAGAUUGCAGAGGAGGCUGACCUGAUUCAAGCUGACCGGGUGAUUGAGGAGGAAGAGGUGGUGAGACCCCGGCGACGGAAGAAGGAGGAGAAUGGGGCAGACCAGGAGUUAGCCAAAAUGCUUUUGGCCAUGAGGCUAGAGCACUAUGGCCCUGGGACCACAGCUGGACAGGAACAAGCUACAGAAGAGUGGGAGACCCAGCGCAGCCAGAAAAAAAAAAUGAAGAAGAGAGUGAAGGCUGAGCUUCGCAAACUGAAUACCAUGACUGAGGCUGAGGCCAGUGAGAUCCAGGACCUGUGGCAGCUGGACCUGAAUUCUCGCUGGCGGCUUUACAGGCUGUGGCUGCAGAUGUACCAGGCUGACACUCGCCGGAAGAUCCUCAGCUAUGAACGCCAGUACCGCACAUCUGCAGAGAGAAUGGCUGAGCUGAGACUACAGGAAGACCUGCACAUCCUAAAAGAUGCCCAGGUCAUAGGAAUGACAACCACAGGUGCUGCCAAAUACCGCCAGGUCCUGCAGAAGGUGGAGCCUCGGAUUGUCAUUGUGGAAGAGGCUGCUGAAGUUCUUGAGGCCCACACCAUUGCCACACUGAGCAAAGCUUGCCAGCACCUCAUUCUGAUUGGGGACCAUCAGCAGCUGCGCCCCAGUGCCAACGUGUAUGAUCUGGCCAAGAACUUCAAUCUUGAGGUGUCCCUUUUUGAACGACUAGUGAAAGUAAAUGUUCCCUUUGUCCGUCUGAAUUACCAGCACCGCAUGUGCCCUGAAAUUGCCCGCCUUUUGACCCCCCACAUUUAUCAUGAUCUGGAGAAUCACCCCUCUGUUCUCAAGUAUGAGAAGAUUAAGGGAGUCUCUUCCAACCUUUUCUUUGUAGAGCAUAACUUUCCUGAACAGGAGAUCCAAGAAGGCAAAAGCCAUCAGAACCAGCACGAGGCUCAUUUUGUGGUAGAGCUGUGCAAAUACUUCCUGUGCCAGGAGUACCUGCCUUCCCAGAUCACCAUCCUCACCACUUACACUGGACAGCUCUUUUGCCUGCGCAAACUCAUGCCUGCCAAGACAUUUGCUGGCGUUAAGGUCCAUGUUGUGGACAAAUACCAAGGGGAAGAGAAUGACAUCAUCCUUCUCUCACUAGUGCGUAGCAACCAGGAGGGCAAGGUGGGCUUUCUCCAGAUACCCAACCGCAUCUGUGUGGCCUUGUCUCGAGCCAAGAAGGGGAUGUACUGCAUUGGGAACAUGCAAGUGCUGGCCAGGGUGCCCUUGUGGAGCAAGAUCAUUCACACGCUGCGGGAGAGCAAUCAGAUAGGCCAGGCGCUCCAGCUCUGCUGCCAGAACCACCCUGACACCCACACCUCAGUAUCCAAAGCUUCUGACUUCCAAAAAGUGCCAGAGGGAGGCUGUAGCCUGCCUUGUGAAUUCCGGCUGGGCUGUGGGCACGUCUGCACUCGUGCCUGUCACCCUUACGACUCCUCACACAAGGAGUUCCAGUGCAUGAAGCCAUGCCAGAAGGUCAUCUGUCCAGAUGGGCACCGGUGCCCCCUUGUUUGCUUCCAAGAGUGUCAGCCUUGUCAGGUGAAGGUGCCUAAAACCAUUCCUCAGUGUGGCCAUGAGCAGAUGGUCCCUUGUUCAGUGCUGGAGUUAGAUUUCUGCUGCCAGGAGCCUUGCCCCAAGGUCCUGAGAUGCGGCCACAGAUGCAGCCACCCAUGUGGUGAGGACUGUGUGCGGCUCUGCUCAGAAAUGGUCACCGUGAUGCUCAAGUGUGGUCACAACCAACAGGUAAAGUGUGGUAAUGUGGAAGACCUCAAGUACAACCUGCCAGUCAAGUGUGCCACCAAAUGUGGUGCCACACUGGACUGUGGGCAUCCCUGCCCCGGGUCCUGCCACAGCUGCUUUGAAGGGCGCUUCCACGAGCGCUGUCAGAAGCCCUGCAGGCGCCUGCUCAUCUGCUCACACAAGUGCCAGGAGCCAUGCAUUGGUGAAUGCCCACCCUGCCAGCGGACGUGUCAGAACCGCUGUGUCCACAGUCAGUGCAGGAAGAAGUGUGGGGAGCUGUGCAGCCCCUGCGUGGAGCCCUGUGUCUGGCGUUGCCAGCACUAUCAGUGCACCAAACUCUGCUCCGAGCCCUGCAACCGUCCCCCAUGCUAUGUGCCUUGUACUAAGCUGCUGGCCUGUGGCCACCCUUGCAUUGGUCUGUGUGGGGAACCAUGCCCCAAGAAGUGCCGUGUCUGCCACUUGGAUGAGGUCACCCAGAUCUUCUUCGGCUUUGAGGAUGAGCCUGAUGCCCGCUUUGUGCAGCUAGAAGAUUGCAGCCACAUUUUCGAGGUGCAAGCCCUGGACCGCUACAUGAAUGAGCAGAAGGAUGACGAAGUUGCUAUCAGGUUGAAGGUCUGUCCUAUCUGCCAAGUGCCCAUCCGCAAAAACCUGAGGUAUGGAACCAGCAUAAAACAGCGGCUGGAAGAGAUUGAAGUUGUCAAGGAAAAGAUCCAGGGCUCUGCAGGUGAAAUUGCAACCAGCCAGGAACAACUUAAGGCCCUGUUGGAGAGUAAGAGCCUCCUUCAUCAGCUGCUUCCUGAAGACUUCCAGAUGCUCAACGAGAAGCUGGCCCAGAAAAAUCUAUCAGUGAAGGACCUGGGCCUUGUUGAGAAUUACAUCAGCUUCUAUGACCACUUGGCUAAACUAUGGGAUUCUCUGAAAAAGGUUCAAGUCUUUGACCAAGAAAGAGUGAGGACUCGACUAGACCAGGUCCAUGAGUGGCUGGCCAAGAAGCGCUUGAGCUUCACCAGCCAGGAACUGAGUGACCUCCAGCGUGAGAUCCAGAGGCUCACAUACUUGGUGAACCUACUGACCCGCUGCAAGAUGGCGGAAGGGAAGGUGAGAGGCAGUGUAGCGGAAGAGGUCUUCAGCAUCCGGAGUAUCCUGGAGAGAACAUGUAAGUUCACCCAGGAGGAUGAACAGCUUGUGCAGAAAAAGAUGGAUGCUCUGAAAGCCACCCUUCCCUGCUCUGGCCUGGGCAUCUCAGAGGAAGAGCGAGUGCAGAUUGUCACUGCCAUGGGCUAUCCUCGUGGCCACUGGUUCAAAUGCCCCAAUGGUCACAUCUAUCUGAUUAGUGAAUGCGGGGGAGCCAUGGAGAGGAGCACCUGUCCUGACUGUCAGGAGGUGAUUGGUGGCGUAAGUCAUACUCUGGAAGGGAGCAACCAGCUCGCUUCUGAGAUGGACGGAGCACAGCACCCUGCCUGGUCUGACACGGCCAACAACCUGAUGAACUUCGAGGAGAUCCGGAGGAUGAUAUAGGAAGACAGCACAGCUUUUGCCUUGGCCACACAUGGCUGGGGUCGGCUCCCUUUUGAAGGAACCAGUUUAGUAGUGUCUGUGUUAUUGCACCUGUUUAAGGAUCCACUUUUAGGGCUUGCCCACAUUUGAUUCUAGAUGUAACCCUGCGCUAGAGUAAGCACUUUACCUCCAGAACUGAGCAGAGUUAAAAGAUGUCACCUUUCUCCUGCAGCAGGUUAGUGGGCAGACUCCAUGGAGCAUCUGGGACUUCCACCUAGGGCUGUGUAGUGGCAUCCGUGGGUUCUGACGUGUCAGAUGUUGGUUUCCUUAUGUUCCCAUGGCGGAGUCUGAGCUUAGUGAAGUCAUCUGAUUCUAAUUGCCAGGCCCUACCUUGCAAACUAACUUGCAUUCUAAUGACCAGAGGCCCAGAGUUUUAUUACCCGCUUAUCCCUUCAAGGAGCAUAAGAAUCUCUGCUGCCCUUGGGCGCCCAUCCUCCAGGAGACAGGCAAGUGAGACUUAACUCCCUACCCAGUUCCAUGCUCACUGAAGUGGGGAAGUGUAUCGCUUCUGUGGAGGCUCUGCAGUAGGCCUGGGCUAAGGGAGUGACCCCGGUACCCUUUUCUGUGAUUUGCACUUGGACAGCGGAAGUUCCUUUACCCACUGUAGGAGGGGCUUGGUAGCACCUCCCCCAGGUGUUAGCCUCCAUCCCAGCACCUCCCUUGCAGCUUUUGCCUGGGCAGGGUUAGCAUGCCAGCAGCUUCUGCAGGCCCCAGCCUUAGGCCACACGCCAGCACCAAGCCUGCCGCGUCCCUCCACCCGGUGUUCCCUAGAAAACACUUAGGCAUCUCAGGUCCUUUCUAAUGCCGGCUAGAUAAAAGCCUCUUUCCUAUGUAUGCAUUUCCUUUUUUGUCUUUACUAUGCACUUUAGCUUAUAAAGCCAAUUAAUAAAAACAAUGAGAACAUCA